GUUUAGUCGGCCUCAGCGAAACCUUCCUGAACCACUUGUACCAGAGAUGGAGGGACGAUGACAUCCCCGACAUUGUAGAGUUCCUUGCGGACGAGUGGGCGACGGCCCUCUUCCACGACAGAUUCAUGGACUUCUGCCGCCUGGACACAACGGCGAGAGGGAGCGAGUCCUCAACCGGGAUCAUUUGUCCUUCAGGUCACCAGAUCAAGUUGGAAAUGCUGACAUCGGAGGAGGUGAAACAGAUCUUCAAUUCCGCGCUUGAGAACGUGAAUCUGAAGGAUGGUCUGUCGAGGAAGCUCCUGGCAGAAAUUCGACAGAAGCUGCCGAAAGAUAGCGUGAAGGCUAUCCAGGACGUAUUUCCUGGCCUGGCAAUGGGCAGCGCACCCAGUUUGGUUCCGGGUGCUUGGGCUGGCAUGCUGGGAGGACACCGCGCAAAAAUGACUGCGCUGCAUGCCUCC